AUUGGCAGCCAGAUUUGGAGCGAAGCGAAUGUGAGUGAGCCUGGAAGCAGAUUCUGCAAGAAACUCAAAUGUUGGAGGGGGUUUUCUGGGCGUCGGAGUCUUGGGUCUCUCAGUAUCCCCUUUGACACUCCUGGCCACGCUCUUCCGCCUCGCCCAUUACAGCGACUCACUCAGAACUGCUUGGAAUCCAUGACUCAGUUUCAUCUGGAAGACAGGCCACUGAAACCCAGCAUUUGUGUUCAAGGAAGAAAAUGUAUCCAAGUCACAAAGAAGUAUAAUUUGACUUUUGGAGACAUGGGCAGCUUCAUUUCUCAUUUGUUCAUUUAAAACUCUCCACUGGGCUUCUAAGUGCCACACCCUGUCCAGAAUGAUGAAAGAUACAGAAAAUGGUCCCUGCUGACCUUCUGCAGUUACUGACUAGUGAGAAAGUGAUUCCUGAGAGAAUCGUCAUUUUUGGUAAACAAACCAAGCCCAGAACCUGAUAAGUGUGGACCAUCCUACGCUGACAGUUCUUUGAAACAAAUUUCCUCUUGGCAUUUACACUGUGGCUUUAACUUUCAAACCAGAGGUUCCUCUUACCCAGCAAAAAAUGGCUUGCCCGAAGAUGAGAUUGAUGUAUGUUUGCAUUGUGGUUCUGGGGGCUCUUUGUUUGUAUGUUAGCAUGUACAGUCUGAAUCCUUUCAAAGAGCAUCCCUUUGUUUACAAGAAAGAGUACAGGAACUUCCUUAAGCUCCCAGAUACAGACUGCGGGCAGACACCCCCCUUCCUUGUCCUGCUGGUGACCUCGUCUCACAGACAGUCAGCUGCGCGCAUGGCCAUCCGGCAGACGUGGGGGAAAGAGAGGACGGUGAACGGAAGGCAGGUGAAGACAUUCUUCCUCCUGGGGACCACCAGCAGUGUGGUGGAAACGAAAGAGGUGGACCAGGAGAGCCAGCGGCAUGGGGACAUUAUCCAGAAGGACUUCACAGAUGCCUAUUACAACUUGACCCUGAAGACCAUGAUGGGCAUGGAAUGGGUGCAUCACUUUUGUCCUCAGGUGGCGUUUGUGAUGAAAACAGACUCAGACAUGUUCAUCAAUGUCUACUAUCUGAUCGAACUGCUUCUGAAGAAAAACAGAACAACCAGGUUUUUCACUGGCUACUUGAAACUCAACGAGCUUCCCAUCAGGAAGCCGUUCAGUAAGUGGUUUGUCAGUAAAUCUGAAUAUCCGUGGGACAGGUACCCGCCAUUCUGCUCCGGCACGGGCUACGUGUUUUCUGGCGACGUGGCGAGUCAGGUGUACAAUGUCUCCAAGAGUGUCCCAUUCAUUAAACUGGAAGACGUGUUCGUGGGGCUCUGCCUGGAAAGGCUGAACAUCAGGCUAGAGGAGCUCCACUCCCAGCAGACCUUUUUCCCAGAGGGCUUGCGCUUCUCCGUGUGCCACUUCCGGAGAAUCGUGGCCUGCCACUUCAUCAAGCCCGGGAAUCUCCUGGACCACUGGCAGGCCCUAGAGAAUUCCCGGGAGGAAGAUUGUCCGGCUGUCUGAGGCGAGCCCAGAGACACAUCUGGACAAGUUUCAGAUAACCUGUGGGGAUAGUUUUUGCAAGAUUUUGGAAGAAGGAGCGGGACAGAGGGUGCUGUUUUUUAGUGCUGAAAUCCACGCCAGAAUGUUGGUGUUCAUGAAGCCACUGAGUAGUUCCCACUUGGUGUCCCAGGCAGUAAUAGACUCUGUCUCUUGGGCACACACUCUACAUACUGUCUGACAUAGACCUGCAUUUCUGCAUUUCAGGGGCCAGUAUCCUAUGACAUGAUGGGUAUUACCAUCCGAAUUUUACAGGUAAGGAAACAGCUGCUGAGAGGUACAGAAACUUGUCCCAAAGCUCACAGCCAGCAAACAUAAGAGCAAGAAUGAAAAUCGAGCACUGUUAGAAUCUGACUUGGACCACUCCCACAUGUUGCCUCCCUCGGGAGGGGACAGUGAUGAUGAGACCUCUAAGCCAGCGUCCUUCUGUCCCUGUCCAGAGUCCACUGCACCUCAGCUCCCAAUCCUUGUGCUUUUUAGAGCUAAGCCUGGGAUGACGAGACCCCUCCCAGCUCCCUGAUUCAUGGCACUGGAUGUAGCUGGGCACCAAGUCUGUGUUAUGGACUCAGUACUCAACGCAACCCAAAUUUCAUCCCAGGAAAUGUCCCCACAGUGGAUGCAGCUCACAUACUGAGGAAAACGCCAAGCUCUGGGCAGUACAGCGUUCCUGAAAAUGUAUAAAUUAGGCUCAAAACCACUGCAGUCUGGCCUACUGUACAGACUGCCCACACUGCUGACCUUCUUAGCGAGCGAGAUGUUUCUUCUGAGCCAUCUGCUGC